GUGCGGUGCUUGGCGAUGUAAUCAGAGCGAAGAGAAGCAGCUGCUCAACGGAGUCCAACUAACACAAAGUUGAGCUCCCUCGUAUUCUCCGCCCCCUCCAUCUUUGCCUUCUACUUCUUCAUUCCCUCUCUUAUUCACUCAAUUCCUUUCUGUUCUCCUCCUUCCCGCUCGCGUUUCCACAUUCAUUCGUAUUCCUUCUCUGCCAUUUCCCUCCAUGGCUUCUCUCUUUCUUUCCACCACCACGGCUUCCCCUGCCACCUCCAUUUCUUUCUCCUCAUCUCUCUCCACCUCCCUCUCAUGGCGCAAAUUCUCCGCAUUACCUUCCAUGCCUCGCCGAAGAGUCUUCUCCGUUCAAUCCAAGAUCCGCGAAAUCUUCAUGCCCGCCCUCAGUUCCACCAUGACAGAGGGAAAGAUUGUCUCCUGGGUGAAAUCUGAAGGGGAUGUUCUCUCCAAGGGUGAGAGCGUCGUCGUGGUUGAGUCCGAUAAGGCUGACAUGGAUGUCGAGACUUUCUACGAUGGGAUUCUCGCCGCUAUUGUAGUUGGCGACGGCGAGACUGCUCCCGUUGGUGCUCCCAUUGGGCUGUUGGCGGAGACGGCAGAGGAAGUUGCCGAAGCCAAAGCCAAGGCAGCCAAAUCCGGCUCUUCGGCCCCUGCCGGCGAAGCUGCUCCUGUUGCUCCCACUCCUCCACCAGCCACUUCGAAUCCUGCUCCGGCGAUCGCUCAGCAAUCUCCUCCGCCGGCUAAGGUGGUUUCUGCUGAACCAGGAAAGACCGUGGCGACUCCUUAUGCAAAGAAGCUUGCGAAGCAGCACAAGAUAGAUCUUGGAUCGGUCGUUGGUACUGGUCCUUUCGGGCGGAUUACUCCUGCUGAUGUGGAGGCAGCUGCUGGAAUCACACCUUCCAAGAGUAACGUGGCUAAGGCUGCUGAGCCUGCUCCGGCGGCCCUUACUCCAUCAAAAGCUGCUGUUCCUGCUGCCUCGGCAGCUUCUCCACCCCCAAUUCCAGGUUCUUCGGUGGUUCCUUUCACAACAAUGCAAGCUGCGGUUGCGAAGAACAUGGUGGACAGUCUUACUGUACCUACAUUCCGAGUGGGGUAUCCUGUGAAGACUGACGCACUUGAUGCUCUAUAUGAGAGGGUGAAACCGAAGGGAGUGACGAUGACGGCCAUUCUAGCAAAGGCCGCAGCGAUGGCUCUUGCUCAGCAUCCGGUUGUAAACGCUAGGUGUAAAGAUGGAAAGAAUUUCUCCUACAACAGUAACAUAAACAUUGCUGUUGCUGUGGCAAUCAAUGGCGGUUUAAUUACACCUGUUCUUCAGGAUGCGGAUAAGUUGGAUCUAUAUCUGCUGUCUCAAAAGUGGAAAGAGCUAGUUGAAAAGGCUCGAUCAAAGCAGUUGCAACCUCAUGAGUAUAAUUCAGGAACUUUCACCCUUUCCAAUUUGGGCAUGUUUGAAGUCGAUAGGUUUGAUGCCAUACUUCCUCCUGGGCAGGGGGCUAUCAUGGCUGUUGGCGCAUCAAAGCCUACUGUUGUGGCUGAUUCAGAUGGAUUCUUCAGUGUGAAAAAUAAAAUGCUGGUGAACGUAACAGCUGAUCACCGAAUAAUCUAUGGGGCUGACUUGGCCGCAUUCCUUCAGACGUUCUCAAAGAUAGUUGAAAACCCAGAAAGCUUGACUUUAUAGUCUUUCAUCGCUUUGACAUUAUUGUCUGAGCUUUCCAGCAGUUGAUCCCGAGUCAAUGGAUUUUGAAGGAGAGAAGAAAGCUUUGCAUUCUUUUUGUUUGCCGGUAUAAAUGUGUUGUAAACGUUGAUUUGUGAUAAAUAAAACAAGGUUCGAGCACAAACAAAGUCCGUUAUGUUCGUUUGUUCUGAAGAAUUACUUGAUUCCCAAAAGAAGAGACAAGUUCAUGCAGAAAAGGAAUAAUUUUGAUGUA